AUGGAACUCGCCCAUGAUGAUGAGGUCGUUCAGAAAAUGCAAAUGGAACAUAACGUCGCUGAUGAAGGUGCGGCCGCUCUCCAAGGCCAGUCCUUGAGUUACGACGUCGAAGAAGAACGUCGCCUUGUCCGUAGACUCGACUUCAUAUUGUUACCCAUGAUGGCGUGCGGGACUGGUCUUCAGUUGGUCGACAAGAGUGCUCUUGGAAGCGCGGCAACUUUGACCAUUCAGAAGGACCUCGGAUUGCAUGGGACGCAGUACUCCUGGGCUGUCAGUAUCUACUACUUCGGGUUGUUGUUGGGCACUUACCCCGCCAAUCUGCUGCUGCAGAGGUAUCACGUGGGAAAGGUCGUCGCUAUCGCUUUCGUUUGCUGGGGUGCUGUCAUGCUUGGUCAUGCUGGCGUUCACAGCUUCGGUGCUCUUGCAGCAGUCCGUUUCCUUCUAGGCUUCUUUGAAUCAGCUAUGGCUCCUGGCUUCACGGCUACGACCGCUCGAUUUUACAAUCAAACCGAACAACCCCUCCGCUACUCUCUUUGGACAUUGGCCAAUACCCUUUUCCCCAUUCCCUUCCUUCUCAUCUUCUUUGGCAUUGGGAAAGCAUCCGAUGUACCGCUGCAACCUUGGCGUUGGAUAUUUAUCAUGCUAGGUAUCCUCACUGUCUUCCUGGGCGUCGGAAUAUGGUUCUUCUUCCCAGACAAGCCCAGUACGACAUGGUGGCUCACCGAACGACAAAGGGCGGUGUGUGUGGAGCGUGUCGCAAAGACGCAAGUCGGGAUUAAGAACACUAAAUUCAAGAAGAGACAGAUGCUCGAGGCUCUUACCGAUCUCAAAGUCUGGCUCAUUUGUUUCUUACUGGUGUUCCAACAGGCUGGUGUCUCCCUCCAAACCAAUUUCAGUGGAAUCAUCAUCAAAGGAUUCGGAUUUUCAGGGCUCAAGAGUCUAUUACUCCAGAUUCCAGGAUGGGCUGCUGCUAGUAUCACUGUCAUUGCCACCGGAUUCUUCGUUACGCAUAAUAAGUUCAUGCAACGGGCAAAGACACUCGUCUUAGCAGCAGUUGCCGUCCUCACCGUUACAUGUGGUGCUAUCCUCUACACCCACCCUCCCAGUUCAACGGGAAGGAACAAAGCUUUAUCCCUUGUCAUGUUAACUUUGAUCAACACCAAUGCGGUUGGAUACCCUAUUAUCCUUUCCCUUGCCGGUCAGAACUUUGCUGGUUCUUCAAAGAAACAAACCGUUCUCACUAUGUUGUUCGUCAUGUACUGUGUUUCUAACAUUUGUGUCCCUCAAUCUUUCGUCGCCAAACAAUCUCCCGCAUACUCUGACGGUAUUCUCACUGUCAUGGCAUUCCAGGCUGCGCACAUUGGAUAA